CGAUGGUGGCAGCCAUCGACAGGCGUAGGAUGCUCGAGGGCAGUCCCCAGACCAUGAGGGGCCUGGACGACACGCUGGUGGGGUUCGGUGUUCAUGGUGACCUGACCUACAAGACCCUGUACGAGUCGACGGACCGUGAGCGGGCAAGCUAUGUUCAGUUUGUGAGGCAGGCGGCACCCACAGCCAAAGCGUCCAGGUUGGUGGACUUCAAAAAAUACGUGCAGGCCCGGGAUGCAGAGAAGGCCGCCCUGGUGGCAGCUCGGAAGGCAGCCCGGGCAGCACAACCACCCCUGGACGCCGUUGGUCCCGAGGAUGGACCCUCAGAUGCCAACCUGCUUGCUGCCGCCAUGGAGGUCGACCCGUGCAGAGAUGCCCCACCAGCCGUGCCCCCCUUCUCUCUCUCCCAGCCACCGGAACGUCCCCUUCAGGACAACACCUGUGGGGAGAGGUCAGGCCCCGGCGCACAGCUGCUACCACGUGGCUGGAGGCUGACGCUCCCCGAGGAGCAGCACGACUGGGUGGGCCAGGCACUGUUCAGGAGGGCACCCAACGGGCAGGGUGUCCUCACAUCUGAACUCCGCCUGUGGUGGCACCCACCAGGUGCCCGGCCCCUCUACAGCCAGCCACCCGCCACAGCCCACCCCUUUUUUCAGAGGCCCUUUUUCCUGUGGGUACCAUACAGGAUGUGGGCGUACCACCUCCGCUGCCCCAUCGUCGCCUGUGGGGGCAAGCUUGCGGGAGCUGGCCUCUAUAAGACGGUGAGGAGGGUCUUGGACAGGAGCUGCUGGUACUUCAUGGGCACGGAGUACCUGGAAUGCAGCUCCUGUCACAAGAAGAUGCCGGGAUGGUCGCAGGACAUCUUGGGACAGCUGGACAUGGCCCAUCGUGAGCAGUUUCCAGCGGUUCUCACGUACAAGUUGGCCUGCGACAGAGCGGUGAUCGGGCUCAUGAGGGAGCGCACUCUUGGCAACAGUGCGUCUCGCCUCCGUGCCUCUCUCGUGGAGCAGCACACCAGAGAGUGGAUGGCGCGGUCGAUGCUGUACCUUUCCGUGCUCCGCAAGCUUCGGGCACCGGGCGCUGCGCCGUUGCUGGCGGCGGCGGUGCUCCCAACCAUGCACCCGGUGCCCACAGUGCUCUGGCUCAUCAACGUCUACGUCAGGGAGGCCUUGACGAGGCUCGACGAGACGAGAGCCAGAGUCACUUCCAUCUUUGGUGAUCUUUUGAAGAUGGACUCCACCAAGAAGAUCACCAAAAAGCUUGCGGGCGGUGCUGCCGGGACGGCCGUCUGGGUCACAAACGUCGGCAAUGAGUACGGGCAGGUGCUCAUGUCCGUCCUCACCACAGCUGAGGGGGACAGACUUGUCGACAUGGCGGCCGGACUGAUGUGGCGGUACCACAAAGCCGGGAAGGCCCCUCCAAAGGUCCUGUACGUGGACCGGGACUGCUGUGCCACCGUGGGACAGUGUCAAACAUCCAAGCUGUUCCACGAGUGGCACGAGCUGGUCGUCAGGCUCGACGUGUGGCACCUCAUGCGGCGUUUCGCCAGAGGGGUGACCACCGACAGCCACCAGCUCUACGGCCUCUUCAUGGCGAGGCUCUCCUUCGCCAUUUUUGAGUGGGACGCCGAAGACGUGUCCCGACUGAGAGGAGCCAAGCAGUCCGAGGAGGGGAGGGACGCCCAGGAGGUCAAGCUGUCCGCCAAGGAGCUCGCCCGUCACUGCCGGCGCCGCACCAGGGGUGCAGUGGAGACGGAGCGGCUGGUCCAAGAGGUGCUGGACACCUUCUGGCACGUGACGGACAGCAUGGGCGUCCCUUUGAUCGACCGCGCCCGCAUGGAGGAGAUCUGGACCACACAGCGCCAGCACCUCGACUGCAUACAGGAUCCUGCGGGAGUGGACCUCUACACCAAGACGGGAGAGCUCACCAAAGGCGGGGUGAGGCUCCCCGUCUACCGGUGCGGACGAGGCUCCACUUCCCUGGAAUCGUUCCACCUGCACCUGUGCCGCUUCAUCCCAGGGCAAUCUGCAAGUGAUGUACACUUUCAGGUGUACCUGCUGGAGGGCCUGGUGCGGUGGAACGAGAAUCGAGGCAGGGCGGCAGUCGAGGGAGGAGAGAGACAGCUUCGACCAGCUGACCCAAGAGCUUCUUGGGCUCACGCUGGUCGACACUUACACCAUGACCAGGGAGUACACAGGGGAACUCAUUGGGGUGGAGUACCUGUUCUGCCAGACGGGCGCUGUGCUGCAGCAGGACCUGGAUGAUACUGACGCUCCAGGGACUGAUGAGGAGGAAGCGGGGGGGGGGCAGUGCUGAAUGGUUUGAGGAGGAGGAGGAGGAGGAGCCGGAGGAGAUUCGUCUCCUGGAACACCAC